UUGUUUGUGUUAGUCCUCUUUGAAACUGUAGUAUCACACAAAGGCUGAUCUGGCUUCAACAGCAGAACUGAAGAGUUAAGAUUCCGAAACUAACCACGUCAACCCUCGUACGCUGCUGGCGAGACUGUAAUGUAAUGGUGCAGGCAGUUUGGGAAACAGCUUGGCAGAUCCACAAAAAGUUAAACAGAGUUACCGUAUGACUCAGCAAUUCCACUCCAAGGUAUAUGCCCAAGGUUUGGGGAAAUCCUUCAAAAUGUUCCCUCCUUGUCAAAAGGACCGUGAGAAUGGAUGGAAGGAGGGAGGAGAGAAGGAAAGAAAAAAACGGAAGAAAGUUGAUCUGCUCUCCACCCCAGGCUUUUCUGUUCCGAGCUGUCCCUACCUCUGCCUUCGCCGCGGCUCCUUUCGCUCCCCAGCUCCCUCUAUUUCCCACAGCCCUGAAGACCGGCCGACAGGGGUUUACGUUUCGAAAGCCCCUGCGCGGCUGCCGGAGCUGGGCAUGCUCAAACGCCCAGGACUGGCUUUUUUCGGUUUCCAACUUUGGCAGCUCUCCCACCCGCACCCCGAAGGGGCAGGUCCGCACACAUCCCAGGGUGUGAGUAAACGGGAAGAAAUUAUCACACGCCCGCGGAGGAAGCGAGGUAGGGGAGAUCGCCGGUCAGCUCGAGGUUCCGGGAGCGCGCCCCACCGGCGCGCGCGGGGGUGGCCGGUCUUCGGGGGCUGCGCGGCUCCGGGGUCCGCGGCUGCGCGGGCGCGCGCUCUGGGAGUGGUCGCCGGGUGGCGGGAGGGGCGGGCAGGGGCGGGGCCGCGGCGGCGCGCGGACGCUGAGCUCCGCCGGGCUUCUUGA